GGAACAGGCUUAAGAGUUAGUUGAGGAAGCCCCCCCCCUGAGGCUGAAAUUAGCAAUGUCGUUAAUCUUCUGUUGAUUCUGCUCAACACACAGCAGUUGCCGCGAAUUUUUUUGUUUGCUCUUUGGGUUUUCAGUUUUUCACAACACUGGUCUCUUUGCUUCUUCAGUUCUCGAUUAGGGUUUUGGCGGAACAAAAUUUUCGAAUAUGAAUCUUACGGAGGAAGACUACUUAAUUCAGUUAAAAUCUCUUGAAGAACUCGCGGAUUCUCAUCCAGAUGACCCAUCUCACCAUUUUAAUCUCGGGAAAUUAAUAUGGGAAAGAGGAGAAGAAUGGAGAGAGAAUGCAGCACAACAUUUCCUUAUGGCAGCUAAAUUAAAUCCCCAAAAUGGAGAGGCUUUUAGAUUUUUAGGUCAGUACUACAGCUGUGUUUGUGGGGAUACCCAGAGAGCUCUCAAAUGCUACCAGCGUGCUGUUUCGCUGAAUCCCGAUGACUCGAUUUCCGGGGAAGCGUUGUGUAAUUUGCUGGACAGAGAAGGUAAGGAGAGUCUGGAGAUUUCUGUGUGCAGGGAGGCGUCUGGGAAGUCGCCCCGUGCCUCCUGGGCCUUUUCCAGAUUAGGUUUCCUGAUGGUGCAUCAAAAGAAAUGGUCUGAGGCUGUCCAGAGUCUUCAGUAUGCUAUCAGAGGCUAUCCAACCUGUGCUGAUCUCUGGGAAGCGUUAGGUCUUGCUUAUCAACGACUUGGCAUGUAUACUGCUGCCAUUAAGUCGUACGGGAGAGCUAUGGAAUUGGAAAGUUCAAGAGCCUUUGCUAUGAUUGAGACUGGAAAUAUUUUUCUAAUGCUUGGUUCAUAUAGGAAGGCUAUUGAGCAGCUUCAACAUGCUCUGGAGAUAUGCCCUCAAAGUGCAUGUGCACAAUAUGGUCUUGCGUCUGGGCUUCUUGCUCUAUCACAGGAAUGCAUUAGGCAGGGUGCAUUUUCGUGGGCCACGUCACUGUUGGAGGAGGCAUCUGAAAUUGCAAAAAGUAGUGCUGUUUUGGCUGGUAAUAUGUCAUGUGUAUGGAAGCUACAUGCUGAUAUCCAGCUUACGUAUGCAAAAUCAUUUCCAUGGACAGAAGGUGGUAAUCUGAAGGGUGAGGACGAAUUUUCUAGGUCGAUCCUUUCCUGGCGAAAAGCUCGCCAAUCAGCUGCCUUGUCGGCUAAUUGUUCCUACCAGCGUGCUUUGCACUUGGCUCCGUGGCAAGCGAAUAUCUAUAUGGAUGUUGCUGUGGCAGUGGAUCUUGAAUGCUCUUUACAGGAGAGUCAAGAAGAUGAUCUGAGCUCCUGGAAGCUAGCUGAGAAGAUGCUGUUAGGAAGCUUGCUACUUGAGGGUGACAAUCAUGAAUUUUGGAUGGCACUGGGAUGCAUGUCUGAUCAUAGAGCAUUGAGACAACAUGCCUUUAUCCGAGGAUUGCAUUUGGAUGUAUCUCUAGCUUCUGCAUGGGCUUAUCUUGGGAAGCUCUACAAAGAAGAAGGUGAAAGUCAAUUGGGAAGACAAGCGUUUGACAGGGCUCGGAGUAUAGAUCCCUCCCUUGCAUUGCCGUGGGCUGGCAUGUCAGCAGAUAUGCUAACUAGGGAACCUGCAUCAGAUGAGGCUUAUGACAGUUGUUUACGAGCUGUCCAAAUAAUGCCUCUUGCUGAGUUUCAACUUGGCCUUGCAAAACUUGCCCUGCUUUCAAACAAUCUACUAUCUCCAGAGGUUUUUGGAGCUAUCAGGCAAGCUUUGCAGUGUGCUCCUUGGUAUCCUGAAUCUCAUAAUCUGAAUGGGCUAGUUUAUGAAGGGAGACAAGAUUUUCAGUCUGCUGUUGCUUCGUAUAAGCUAGCACGUUAUGCCUUGAAGACUUCUACAUUUCACUUGCCCCAUUCUCAUUUUUCGGAUUUAUCAGUUAAUCUGGCUAGGGCUCUUUGCAAGGCAGGAAAUGUACAAGAAGCGAUAAGAGAAUUGGACGAUUUGAAAGAAAGAGGUUUACUUGAUGUUGGAGGCCUUCAAGUGUAUGCUAUAUCAUUAUGGAAACUUGGCAAGAGUGAUAUGGCCCUAUCCGCUGCUAAAGAUCUGGCUACAUGUGUUCCCACCAUGAAGCUAUCCUCUGCAGUGGCAUCUAUUUGCUUAAUUUGCAGUCUUCUGUACUCAAUUUCUGGGGCAGGACCAACUAUCAAUAGCAUUUUGCAAAUGCCUAAGGAGCUGUUACAGAGUGCAAAAGUUAGUUUCAUCAUAUCUGCUGUAGAUGCUGUUGAUCAGAGUUCUCAAUUACAGGCUGUGGUCUCAAGUAGUCGUCGUUCCCUUUCAUCAAAGGAAGAGAUAAUGGAAAUGCAUUUGCUGAUUGCGCUGAGUAAAGUAAUCAGAAGUGGAUACGGACAUUCUAUCAGCGUGCAAAGUGGUAUCGAUCAUCUUAGAAAGGCAUUGCAUAUGUAUCCCAAUGGCAUUUCUUUAAGAAAUAUGCUUGGAAAUUUGUUGUUAUCUCGCAAACAAUGGGAAAAUGACCAUGUUGUAAGGAGGUGCUGUGCUGUAGUUGCUUUCGACCCGAUGAAGAAUGACUUCAGAUCUGCAUAUGAAAUAAUUGGUGCUGAAGCUGUUGCAUGCCAUGCUACUACCAGCUGCAAAUCCAAAUACUCUCUUUCGACAUGUAAACACCAUGAUGUGCAGGGUUCAUCACUAAUGCGGUUAAUGCAGAGACGGUUUCGGCUAGAACCAUGGAACCAUAAUGCAAGAUACCUGCUAGUACUUAAUCUGCUGCAAACAACACGCCAAGCAAGAUAUCCACAACAUCUUUUGGAUGUGCUCAAGCGGAUGACUUCUGCAGCUCUCACUAGUCAAUUGUUUUUGAACAACACAUUUGAGAGAUAUAAAAGAUUCCAGUUGCUUCUAUGUUCCUCUGAGCUCAGUUUGCUUGACGGAGAUACGUCAUGCUGUGUUUCUCUUGCAAGGGAUGCAUCAAACCUUUCGCUCUCUGAUUUCUAUACCUUUUUUGCCCAUUUGCAAUUAUGCCGUGCUCAUGCUGUUGAAGAUAACCACACAAGACUUGAUGAAGAGUUUACACAGUGCUUGAAGCUUAGAACUGAUUACCCUAUUGGUUGGAUUAGUCUUAAGAUGAUUGAAUCUCGUCACAAACCCCAGAAUGGUUCAACUCCCUCAGAUUCAGGCUUUAGAGAUAGUAUAAAAGAGAUGAAGGGAUCAGAAAGCUCGUGGUUGGCUGUCUACAGUUUGUUUUGUGGUUUAGUUUCUCAAUGGUCUCAAGAUUUUCCGCGUGCAGAGGAGUUUCUUGCUGAAGCUUGUUCAUUGGAAGCUACUGAGAGCUGCUUCUUCCUGUGUCACGGUGCCGUUUGCAUGGAGCUUGCAAAAAUGCAACACGGGUCUCAGUAUCUAACAAUGGGUAUAAGGAGUCUUAAGAAAGCACAAUGGAUUUCCUCCAUUCAAUUGCCAUUUGUUUCCCUUUUGUUGGCUCAAGCAGAGGCAAGCCUUGGAUCAAAGUUGAAGUGGGAUAUUAGCCUCAGUUUAGAAUGGUAUUCUUGGUCACCAGAGACAAGGCCUGCAGAAGUGUAUUUUCAAAUGCAUCUGCUUGCACUUGGGUCUGAUGGUUCAGAUUAUGGAGAUCCACUCUCUUGGGUUCUUCGAGCUGUUCACUUGAAUCCUUCUUGCUUAAGGUAUUGGAGAGUCUUGCGCAAGCUAGCUUCCUCAGGGAACUCUUAAUUAGCUGAUUAGAGUAAAAGCAUCUUUGAGAGCUAUGGUUGUGUUACUUGUGUAUAAUACUAUAAUCUGUUAUUGUUUGUUUUGAUAAUACUUUGAGCUAUAUAACUCAUCGAAUUUUUCAUUCUGUUAUCAUCAGUAAGCCUACAUUAGUUAGUACAGCCUUAGCUUUAACUCUGUCUUCCUUGUAAUUCGUUUAUUUUUCUGAAAAAAGUUUGUUGCAUCAUUUUAACUUUA